CGGUUGAUUUUAUGAUUAGAUCGGAUUUGUCUAUUCUCACCACUAUGAGUCAACCGUUUUGGAGUGAACUAUCUAUGUCUGCGCUCCGUGAUGGCUUCAAUCGAGUAAACAAACAGGAGGUUGAUAGGAUUAAUGGUUUUUUAAGCAAUCCUCGCUCUGGUUGGAGUGGUAGUGAUGCCUUUUUACCCGCCAACCGAUCCCGUAAUCGGUACACAAAUGUGUUCCCCUGGAACAAGAAUCGAGUUCAUUUACCAGUAUCCUCCACUAGCCAUCUGACACAACGACUGGACUAUAUAAACGCGUCUCACAUUAAGCUUGAUACUGGCUUCAAUUAUAUUGCUACCCAGGGUCCGUUGCCGAACACGGUCCACCAUUUUUGGUCGAUGUGCUUCCACGAAGCUGUCCGCCACCACGAUGACCUUGUGGUAGUCCUCAUGAUCACCCCACUAAUGGAAGAUCGAAUGGUCAAAUGUCACAAGUACUGGCCGGAUCUGGUUGAUCCUGUUCUUGAUAUGUCAGCUGACGUUCUCAUAGACCAACUCGAUUUCCCUAAAGGGUUAAAGGCCUCAUACGUCAGCUGUCAAGAAUUUCCAGACUAUAAGAUGACCGAGAUCUUGCUCGAGUCUGGCGAUACACAGAAACGUGUUCUUCAUUACUAUUACCAUAGUUGGGCAGAUCUGAAAGUCCCCACAAAACCACAAUCUUUGAUUGAACUUCUGGAUGCGUUGAGCAAGUUGAAGAAGGAGUAUAAAGUUACCAAGCCAAUUGUCCACUGUUCUGCUGGUGUGGGACGAACUGGGACGUUUAUUGCGUUGGACUUCUUACACAAUCACACUUCGUAUCUAAUGAAGUCGACGUCCAGUGAUGUGAUCCAUGAUGUGUUGAAGAAGCUCCGUGAUGGGAGAGUAAUGAUGGUGCAGACUCUCAACCAGUAUAUGUUUUUGUACGCAUUUUUCAAGAAAGAUUUAGGGUUGGAUAAGUAAUAUACAAAGAGUAUUCUCGCAC